AUGCACGACGACGCGGCAUUCUCGGCGUUCCUCUCGCACGAGUUCGACCGCCUCGACGCCGACGGUAACGGCGCGCUCUCGCUGGGCGAGUUAAAGCCGGCGCUACUGCGGCUCGGGGAGCUAUUAGGGAUGCCGCCGGCCGGGACGGCACGCGAGGUUGACGAGCUAGUGGAGGGGCUUUUCGCGUCGUUCAUGUCGCCGGAUCUCACGGAGGAGAUUGGGCGGGAUUCGUUUAUCCGGGUUUGCAAGGAUAUUCUUAGCGGCGCGAGCCACGCGUUAGAAGAGGACCCGCUAUCCACGCUGGUCUACGACGGCGGCGCGCUGCGGAGAAUACUGGGCAGCGCGGAGGAGGCGGAGGCGCUGAUUUCGGCGCUGUUCGCGGAGCUGGACACGGACGGCAGCGGGUGCAUCAGCAAGAGCGAGCUGCGGCCCGCGCUCGUGCGCCUGGGGCUUCACAAGGGCGACAACACCACGGCCGAAGCGCGCGAGCACCAGGAGCAGGUGCUGGAGCGAAUCAUCGACCGGUACUGCCUGGAUGGCGACGGGGAGCUGUGCCGCGAGGAGUUCUCAGCGCUGCUGCUGGACGUGUUCAAAGACCUCUCCUCCGAGCUCGAGGCCUCGCCACUCUACCUGCCGCAGCGCGCCACCGUGCUCAACGGCGCGUACAUAAAGAAGAUCCUAAGCGACGAUGAUUUCUUCACAGCGGUAUCAGACGCCAUGUUCGAGGAGUGGGACGUGUCUCAUCGCGGCUACCUCGUGUGCACCGACGCCAUCGCCGGCUUUCGCAAGCUCGGCCUCGCCUACGGCCUUCCGCCCCCCGACGCCGCGGAAGCAGACAAGGUCUACACGUCGCUGUUCCUGUCCGCGGACGUGAAUCUGGACGGGUUUGUGGACAAGGGCGAGUUCCGCACGCUGCUGCGCUCGCUCUUCAUCGGCAUGCAGCUGCAGCUGGAGGAGACGCCGCUCGUGCUCGAAUCGUCUGUGCAACCCAAGGGGGAGUCUGGCCAUGCCUCCUCUGUUGCCGAGGUCUUUGACGGGCCCAAGCUGUGUGCGCUGCUAAGGGAGGAGGGCGGCGGGCAGCGAGUGAGGAAGUUUCUGGAGGAGAGGUUUCACGAGAUGGACAAGGGCGGGCGGGGGAGGGUUCCGAGGGAGGCGGUGCGCGCGGUGGUAGCGCACGUGGAGCAGACGACCGCGCUGCCGUCCCCGCGGACAACGCCUUUUCAAGCGCCUCAAAAGGGGCCUCAAAAGGCGCCUCAAAUUGCGCCUCACAAGCACGUGGAGCAGAGGACUGUGCGGCCGUCCCCGCGGACGUCUCUCACGGUGGAGAGACGGGAGGAGGGGGAGCGGCGCGCGGAGGGGGGGAGGCAGCCGGGGCUGAGACGAGCGGAGACAGAGCCUGCUGGGGGUGCGGCGCGGGGCGGUGGGAGCGAUGAUGAUGGGUGGGAGAGCGCGGAGCAGGAGGUGGCGUGUGAGGAGUUCGUGGAGGCCAUGAUGCGCGUGCUGCAACGCAUGGCGGACGCACAGCAUGACGACCCGAUACUGCAGUUCAUGGCGGACGGGGCGAAGAUGCAGCGGCUGAUGGAGGAGGAGGGGGAGCUGGCGACGCUCAUAGACGUGCUCUUCUCCUCGCUGGACACGGAUGGCAGUGGCACCAUCUCCUCCACGGAGCUCAAGCCCGCGCUCUCCAACAUGGUGCAGCACAUGGGCCUGCACACCCUCUGCCGGAGUGCGUCAACGGAGAGUGUGGUGGCACAGCUGGUGAUGACGCAUGGCAAGGGGCGUCUGGACCUCUCACGAGAGCAGUUCACGGCCUUCAUGCGCGCCACGGUGUCUGAUCUGGCGGGCAGGCUUGCAGCCAAGCCGGAGGAGGAGGAGGAGGAGGGGCAGGUGCUAGACGGCAGUAAACUGCGCCAGAUCCUGGGCGACCGGCGGCUCUUCCAGAAGGUGUGCGAGGACACCUUCGCCUCGUGGGACGUGUCUCGGAAGCGCUGCCUGUCACGCGCGGACAUCAGUGCAGGGCUGGCACGGUCGGGCAUGCUGUGGGGGCUGCCCCCGCACAACGCUCGCAACGCGGAGGAGGUAUACGAGAAGUUCUUUCUCAAGGCAGACCUUGAUAGGUCGGGGUCGGUGGAACGAGCAGAGUUCAAUGUGUUUCUGAGAGGGGUUUUCAGGGCUAUGGCUGAUGAGCUGGAGAAGAAUCCACUUGUCGUGCAUACAUCCAAGGUUAGGCCGCCCACCGCUGAUUCAAUGUGA